AUGAGUUGUUGGUUUCGAUGUUUUCCUUGGUUCUAGUGGGAGCAGCCCUGAUGUAUACUAGAAAGAAGGAGAUGAGUCAUCUUCUCUUUCAGAUUCUAAACCAGAAUCUGAUGAUUCCUUAAUCAAUAAUUACUCAGUUUUGUCGGGGAAUGGAGGUGACCAAGGGGUGAGGAAAAUGAUUAAAUUGGAGAUUGAGCUCCGUGAAGUGAAAAAGAAGCUACGGGUGCUAGAGGAAGAGAAUGCAGAUGGCUCACUAGCAGGAUCAAAAAAUGAUAAUUCUGAUCUUCUUGCUAGAAUUGGAGAGUACGAGGAAGAACUAAAAAUUGCUAAUAAAAAAAUACAGCUUUUUGAAGAAAAAAUCACUUCGUUAAGGAUUGAGCUCCAAAAAUAUAAGCCGCAGGAAACAACUGAGGAUGAAUCCUCCGGAGAGGAAAGUGUCAAGAUGCAUAAGGCUGAGCUGGAGAUACAGGUAAAUCAAGCAUCAGAGCCUCAAGAAAGGAUUGGUGUAGUGGAGAAAGAAACUCAACACCGAGAUGGCAAGAUGCAGGUAUUGGUGGACGAGCUGAGAAUCACAAACGAAAUGGUCCAGAAUUCUGAGAAAGAAAUUGCUAGUUUGAAGCUUGAGAAGAAACAAUCCGAUGAAAAUUUUCAAAAUUUGUAGGUUCAGUUUGUUACGGCACAAAAAGAGAUAACAACAUGGAAAUCCAAAUUGAAUACAGAGAAAAAAGAGGUCUCCAAGUCGCAAGAAAGAAUGGCUAGGUUAAAGACUAGUUUAUCAGAUAGAGAUCAUGAGAUCAGGGACUUAAAGAUAGCUGUAUCUGAUGUUCAGGAAAAGAUUUUUCUAGAAAAGGCUCAUAUUAAAGCUGAAAUAUCAAAAUUGUUGGAGGAGCGGACUUGUUUGGAGGAACAGCUUAGAGAAUGGGAAUCACGUGGCCGUUCCAUGAAGGAUGAGAUCAGAAAAGUUGUGAACAAAAAGAGAGAAUCAGAUGAUAAGUUUCACAGUGAAAUUGAGCUAUUGAAAAUAGAGAUUGCUAAGAGAGGUGAUUGCAUUAAAAGUUUAAACGAAAACAUUGAGACUUUAAAAUCAGAGAUAGACGAGCAUAUGGCCUAAAUUGAUUCACUCAAAACAGAGGUUAGUUCGAGGGAUGAUCAGAUUGAUCAAAUGGACAAGCAUCUACACCAAUUACAUAUGGAACACGUGGAGCUAAUCACUAAUGCUCAAAGAGCACAUAAACUGGUGAAGGAAUUGCAAGCAAGAGCUAAGGAACUCGAGGAUGAGACUGAGAAGCAAAGAAUCACAAUAUUGGAAAGAGCAGAGGAGAAACGUGAAGCUAUAAGGCGACUUUGCUUCUCCCUUGAGCAUUACAAAAAUGGAUAUCAUAUGCUUCGGCAAGCAUUUAUCGAGCACAAGAGUGUUCUAGUGUUGGCGACAUGAAUUGGCAAUGUUGCAUGGCACUGUUUCCUCCAUUCUUUUGUUUCUUUUUUUCUAAGUGAGAGUCCCUAGAUUUUCUUACUAUUUCUUGAA